UAUAAUCAAUUGUCAAAAUAAAUAACCUAAAAAUCGGUUUCAUAACUCAUAAUGUCGAAAAUUUGUUAUAUUUUACAAAAAACAAUAGGUGUAGUACCUCGGACAGUUUUCCAACCUCACAUAGCAAGCAUAAAUAAAACUUGCUAUGAAAAAAUUCACACAGACGUAACAUAUUAUGCUGUUAAGAAAACUACAACUGCGGCCGGAGGUGUGCUGGGCUUGGGUAAAGGAAAGAAAAAACUAGGUAAACUCGGAGCAAUGGAAAAGAAAGAACUACCGGUGGAGACAGAUCCAGAAAAAUUGGUCAAUUAUGUGUGUGGAUCUAACAUUUACAUCACUGGAGAGGAUGUUAAGCUAAAGGAAGACAGCGAGUAUCCAGACUGGUUGUGGAAUCUACAUACUGGCAAACCUCCAAGUAUAGAGGAACUAGACCCAAACACCAAGCAGUACUGGCUGCGAGUGCGCGCUGCUGGCAUGCGUAGGAAUAAUCGUCUACGUUCUAUGCGCAAGUUCUAGUGGCCAAAAAAUGCUUAAUGAAAUUGAUUGUGUCUGUGAGAGACUUAUAAACUUCUAUUAUAUAAUUCUUUUGUUUUAAUUUUUUUCAAAUUAAAUCUAAAAUAACAGAUUAGUUAUUUUAAGAUUAGUGUUAAGUAGUAAAUAAAGAUGUUGACUUUA